UCCAUGUAGCGUUUCAUGUGACAGUGGGUCUCGCACAAUGUCAAGGUCGCGGACGUGCAAUAACCCGGCACCGGCAUAUGAUGGCAAGGACUGUGAGGGCAGUUCCACUGAGUCCAAGACAGAAUCUUGUAACAAGCAACAGUGUCCAGUUGACGGAGGUUGGACUAAGUUUGGAAAUUGGGUGCCAACUGAGUGCUCUGUUUCCUGUGGUGUUGGUGGGGAGCGGUCAUUAUCCAGAUCGAGAACGUGCACAAGUCCUAUGCCUAACUACGGCGGGAAACCAUGUGCAGGCGUUUCUACUGAGUCAAAGAAGGAAUCAUGUAACUCUAACCCAUGUCCAAUUGAUGGAGGUUGGACCAAAUUUGGAAAUUGGGUGGCAGCCGAGUGUUCUGUUUCUUGUGGUGGUGGGGAGCGGUCAUUAUCCAGAUCGAGAAAGUGCACAAGCCCUAUGCCUAACUACGGCGGAAAACCAUGUGUAGGCGUUUCUACUGAGUCAAAGAAGGAAUCAUGUAACUCUAACCCAUGUCCAAUUGAUGGAGGUUGGACCGACUUUGGAAAUUGGGUGGCAGCCGAGUGUUCUGUUUCUUGUGGUGGUGGUAAGCGGUCAUUAUUCAGAUCGAGAACGUGCACGAAUCCUACACCGCAAUACGACGGGAAACCAUGUGAAGACGCUUCUAUUGAAUGGAAGAAAGGACCAUGUAACUCCAACCCAUGUCCAAUUGACGGAGGUUGGACUGAAUUUGAAGAGUGGAUUCCAACCACGUGUUCGCUUUCCUGCGGUGAAGGUCAGAGGUCACUAUCCAGAUCAAGAACGUGUACGAACCCUCCACCGCAAUACGACGGGAAAGCAUGUGAAGGCUUCGACAGCGAAACAAACACCGAGACCUGCAACAGCAACCCUUGUCCAAUCGAUGGUGUUUGGUGCGACUUUAACGAACUUGCUUGGACUUCAUGCUCAGCGCAAUGUAGCAAGACAGGGACGCAGACGCGAGCCUGCGAUUGCCCGCCAGCCCAACACGGGGGUGCCCCGUGUGACGGAAGCGACACUUAUACCGAGACAAUGGAUUGUUAUGAGGGGGCAUGUCUUGUCCAAACCUGUGAUGCCGCUGCUAAGCCGAGUUCCUCCUUGCCAAGGAAUUGCGGAGAGUACGUGAGAUGCGACACCAACCCCGAGCCCCUAGUGAUGCCCUGUCCAGCUGGCCUUCAUUUUGAUGACGCCACAGGCGUUUGCGUAGCGGGAGAUUGUGGAGAGAUAGCUGAAGACGAAGUUGAUUCCCCAUGUAACUCGGACAACAACGGAGCCUUCGUGGCGGAUGACGUAGACUGCACCGUGUUCUACCAGUGUUCGAACGGAGUCGCCAUACCGAUGUCGUGUCCUGCCGGCACAAUGUGGGACGCGUUACUUAAAACGUGCGUGAAUGGAAAUUGCCAGGUUGAAGUAGACGAUGAUGUCGAAGAUGAAAAAGAGGACGGUGCCGCAUGCGCAAACAGCGACACUGGAACGCUGCUUCCGGAUCCGGAGGAUUGCCACAAGUAUAUUAUGUGCGCAAACAAAAAAGACGAAUCUAGGUCAUGUGGGUCCUUGGUCUUUGACCCAAACAUAUCCGUUUGCAAUUGGGAAAGUGUUACAAACCCGUGUACUACCAAACCAUAGAUGCACGAGCGCAGACAGUGAAAUGUAAUAAAUAUACUUCAUGCAAGCUAAUGUUUCGCGAAGCUUCGUGAAUUUUACAUAGAAUCCUUGUUCUUACUGUAUUGUUGAGCAUAGAAUAUUCCAUUAUACAGAAUAUUGAUAAUGCAAUUGCUCUCGUUUCUAAACUAUAUCACAUAUAUUGUAUACAUACAUCUCUCUGUAAAUAAAAGUAUAUUUUAAUAA